CUUUAGCACAAUCUUUAGUGUUUUAAUCUUGUGUUUAUGAUUUUAUUUCUUUUGAUUUUUAUCAUAAAUCAUGACAAACAUGCAUUAUUCAUACACUGAUAGAUCGAUUUAUCACAGAACAUAAUAAUUUAAAGAUUUUUAUAAAAAAAAGAUUUUUUUUCUGAGAAAGUGGACUUAAUACUGGCGAGAAAAAAAGCUGUUGUUUCAUUACGUAAAUGCACUGGUUCAUACAUUAUAAUUAAUUAAUUCACGAUGUCUAUCCCUAUUUGUCUGAUCUGGCUCAUAAAAUAAUCUGUAUUUUGUUUUCCCUAAUCUGAAAUUAUCUUAAUUAAAGGAGUGUGAUGCUUCAUAUUAUAACCAGGGGGAUCGAAGGUAUUGAACAUAGUUGGGAAAAAAUGUAUUGGACGCUAUGGAGACUUGUAAAAUGAAAAUUUGGUUAUAUUGUUGUGUCCUUGGCUGGUAACUAGCCACGGCCUAAGAGUCCCACCAACCAGACCAAAGGAAAGAUACAAGGUUAUGAAUUAGGCAAAAAACCAAAAUUACAAGAUGAACCAAUAUGAGACAGAGAAACGUCUUUGCUGGGUGUACAGUUUGCUGGCAACACUGCUCGGCGUAUCAGUAAUAUGUGUAGCCAUACCUUACAAUCAUUGGCGAGAAACUUUAGAUGUCUGCCCUGGCAGCUGGCUUGAGAACACCAACUGUGGCUGUAUAUUCUAUGGUGUGAGCACAUCCCAGUACUUCAAUGGUGGUCGGGAUCCAUAUUGCUUGUAUGCAAUCUUUGCACCCCUACCAAUAUUAGUGUAUGCUCUGGUAAUGGCAGUGUUUCAUAUGUACAGAGUGUGCAUUAACAACAUUGGGAAGUAUGAGAGCGAAAAGUCUACUACUGUGGAGGAAAUUGAAGGGGAGUCAAUAAUUGUAACAUCCAGAGCUCGUGUGGCGGCCCAGAGCGACGCUGUGAUAUUCUGCUGGAUACCAAACGCCUCUAUAGCAGCUGUCUUUGCUCUCUACAACCUACUGCACGCUGCCAUUAUGACUGAUGGCUUCCUCAAAACUUGCCACCAAUAUAGGGGAUAUCUAGUUAGGCAACUACGUGCAACAGGAGACCAUGCAACCGCAAUCCACUUCCGUCUGUCCUGCCAGUCGAUUUUCGACUUUAUGGACUAUAUCCAGAGGGAUGCCCCAAACGUCCGUAGAGGCGAUUUCAUAAACUCUGGUAUUGCACUUCAAAUUGCAUUGUUUACUAGCUGGUUUGCAGUGUUUCUGUGGAUAGUUGUAUCUGUUUACACAUCCAUGCGGGCAUAUAAGGAAAGAGAAGUUUUGACGUGCUGUGGUAACUAAAUUCACAAUUUUACAGUCUAUAUUUUAUGGUAUAGUAUUAAGUACGGGUAUUUAUAGCAAUGUGGACCAAGCGGAAGAAUAAUCCCAAAAACAAAAUUUACCAUGUAUUUUAAAAUCAAUCAACAAAAAUUGUGGCAACGUAGCUAAAAGACAGAUGGCUCAAAUUAGACAGUGCUGGUUUUAAAUGAAAGUUUAGCAAAUAUAUUUUUCAUUGUACCUAUACAAACAAUGGAAACUGUAUAUUUGGUAUAUUGGUUAGGUGUUAAUAUUUGGAUAUGCCAAUCUGAAAUAUCAGCAUUUACCCAUUUAAUGGAAGGUCCAUUCAAAGAUGGCUGAAGUCAUUUAUUCCAUUCCAUUAACAAUAAUUCUAAUAUAAUAAUUUAAUAUGACAUUUCUUUUACUUUCUAAAAAUUAAAACUGGCAAUUUUUACGCAUAACUGUAAGAUCAAAGUAUAUAAUUAUGAGAAGUUCUAUAGUUUCUUUGUCUUUUUUUGCCUGUUUAUCAGACAAUAAACCUUGAUUAAUCCCACCAAUGCAAUAUGAACUUUUUGUAAUUGUAUUUAAGACUUAAUCACAAUAUUCAAUUUAUUAAUGUUUAUCACAAUAUUCUAUUUAUUAAUUGUUGACAUUAGAAAGCAUUUCUAGUACCUAUAAUGAAUUUUAUAAUUAUAAUAAUUAUUUAAUUUUUGAAACUAAUUUGUAAAUCAAUAGUUUCUGAUUAUUCUAUAAAAAAUAUUUUUUUGACAGCAAUGAAAUUAAUAUUUAUUUAAGGUUUUUUACCACAUAGUUUAUAGUAAAACUCAAGAGACUGCAGAACACGAAACAAAAUUUAACAAAUUGGACUCACAAUAUAUCACAUUAUUUUUAAGGGUGUACCAUACCUACUUGACUCUUUGAAUUUCUUCUUUGAGCAAUGUAGGUAUAAAUAUCGCCAAAUAUCUAGGACGCUUUGAAAUUCUGGUUUUAAAUGAAAGUUUAGGAAAUACAAUUUUCAUUGUAUACAAAAACUGUAUAUUUGGAUAUGCCAAUCUGAAAUAUCAGCAUCUACCUAAGUCAACUUUGUAGCUGAACAUACAUUUCAUUAACAAUAAUUUUAAUAUAAUAAUUUAAUGACAUUUCUUUCACUUUCUAAAAAUUAAAACUGGCAAUUUUUACGCAUAACUGUAAGAUCUAAUAUAUAAUUAUGAGAAGGUCUAUCUAUAGUUUGUCUUUUUUCCUUUUUAUCAGACAAUAAGCCUUGAUUAAUCAAAGCUUUAUCCCACCAAUGCAAUGUGAACUUUUUUGUAAUUAUAUUUAAGACUUAAUCACAAUAUUCAAUUUAUUAAUAUUUAUCACAAUAUUCUAUUUAUUAAUUUAGACUAUUAAGAGCAUUUCUAGUACCUUUAAUGAUUUUGAUAAUUAUAUUAUUUACUUAAUUUUUGAAACUAAUAUUUAAAUCAAUAGUUUCUGAUUAUUCUAUAAAAAUAUUUUUUGACAGAAAUGAAAUUAAUAUUUAUUUAAGGUUUUUUGCCACAUAGUUUAUAGUAAAACUAAAGAGACUGCAGAACACAAUCACAAUUAAACAGAUUAGACUUACAAAGAAAUCACACCAUUUUUAAGGGUGUACCUACUUCACUCUCUGAAUUUCUUCUUUGACCAAUGUAGGUAUAAAUACCGUCAAACGUCUAGGAUGCUUUGAACACGAGGCGAAUGAAUUUGUAACUCUUGAGGGUUCUGUUGUCAAUUAAUUAGACAAAUUUGUCGCACUUGGCCGAUUUUUAUAUUUCUAGUUACUGUAACACGAAGAUUUUUUAUAUACUUCUACACUAGUAUUAUGUAGGUAUUUUAUAGAGUUAAGUAAAUCCAAGUUAAGUUAGCAUCACAUACGACAUUUUUUAUCGUGAAAGUUAUUUAAUAUAACUGAAUGUUUUAGUUCAUGUAACUAAUACGAAUUUGUGAACUUUUUGGAAAAUACUUUAUGAUAGUUUUUAAUAACAGAUAAAUUUAUUUGUAUUAGGUAUACAAUAUUUUGUAGCCAAUGUAACUGUGCCGUCCUUAAUAUUAAGAAAUGAAAUUAUUCCAACUUAUUUAUGUUUUUAUGUAACUUUAGUAAAUAAAAGAUAAAAUUUUAAA